GCGCGUCCUCCCGCUCGGCGUGUGCUUGGCCCGGGCAGCCGGGAGGGCCCGGCGAUCGCGCCGCGGCGGCCGCCGCGAGGGUGUGAGCGCGCGUGGGCGCCCGCCGAGCCGGGGCCAUGGUGCAGCAAACCAACAACGCCGAGAACACGGAAGCGCUGCUGGCCGGCGAGAGCUCGGACUCGGGCGCCGGCCUGGAGCUGGGCAUCGCCUCCUCCCCCACGCCCGGCUCCACCGCGUCCACGGGCGGCAAGGCCGACGACCCGAGCUGGUGCAAGACGCCGAGCGGCCACAUCAAGCGGCCCAUGAACGCCUUCAUGGUGUGGUCGCAGAUCGAGCGGCGCAAGAUCAUGGAGCAGUCGCCCGACAUGCACAACGCCGAGAUCUCCAAGCGGCUGGGCAAACGCUGGAAGCUGCUCAAAGACAGCGACAAGAUCCCCUUCAUCCGGGAGGCGGAGCGGCUGCGCCUCAAGCACAUGGCUGACUACCCCGACUACAAGUACCGGCCCAGGAAGAAGGUGAAGUCCGGCAACGCCAGCUCCGGCGCCUCGGCCGCCGCCUCCUCCAAGCCGGGGGAGAAGGGCGACAAGGUCGGUGGCGGGGGCGGCCACGGGGGCGGCGGCGGCGGGGGCGGGAGCGGCAACGCGGGGGGCGGCGGCGGCGGCGCGGGCGGCGGCGGCGGCGCCAACUCCAAACCCGCGCAGAAAAAGAGCUGCGGCUCCAAAGUGGCGGGCGGCGCGGGCGGCGGGGUCAGCAAACCGCACGCCAAGCUCAUCCUGGCGGGCGGCGGCGGCGGGAAGGCGGCGGCCGCGGGCGCCGCGCCCUCCUUCGCGGCCGAGCAGGCCCUGCUGCCCCUGGGCGCCGCCGCCGACCACCACUCGCUGUACAAGGCGCGGACUCCCAGCGCGGCGGCGGCGGCGGCGGCGGCGGCGGCGGGGGCGGCGGGCUCGGUCUCCACGGCCGCCUCCGCCUCCUCGGCCGGCCUCGCGGCCCCGGGCAAGCCCCUGGCCGACAAGAAGGUGAAGCGCGUCUACCUGUUCGGCGGCCUGGGCGCGUCCUCCUCGCCCGCGGGCGGCGUGGGCGCGGGCGCCGACCCCAGCGACCCCCUGGGCCUGUACGAGGAGGGCGGCGCGGGCUGCUCGCCAGACGGGCCGAGCCUGAGCGGCCGCAGCAGCGCCGCCUCGUCGCCCGCCGCCGGCCGCUCGCCCGCCGACCACCGCAGCUACGCCAGCCUGCGCGCCGCCUCGCCCGCGCCGUCCAGCGCGCCCUCGCACGCGUCCUCGUCGGCCUCGUCCCACUCGUCCUCGUCCUCGUCGUCGGGCUCCUCGUCCUCCGACGACGAGUUCGAAGACGACCUGCUCGACCUGAACCCCAGCUCAAACUUUGAGAGCAUGUCCCUGGGCAGCUUCAGCUCGUCGUCGGCGCUGGACCGGGACCUGGAUUUUAACUUGGAGCCCGGCUCCGGCUCGCACUUCGAGUUCCCGGACUACUGCACGCCCGAGGUGAGCGAGAUGAUCUCGGGAGACUGGCUCGAGUCCAGCAUCUCCAACCUGGUCUUCACCUACUGACGGGCGCGCGCGCGGGCUGGGAGAAGAGGGCCGGGGGGCAGGAGAGGGAAGAAGAAGAAAAAAAAAAAAAAAGAAGAAGAAGAUUUAGACGAAGAAGAAGAAGAGAGAAAAGACAGAGAAAGAGUUGGAAGAGAAAAGAGGAAAAGAAAAAAAGAAAAGGAAAAAAAAAUGUGAGCGGGGCCGGCUUGCGAGGAGCGCGGCGGUGUUUUGGGGACCCGCGCUCCCAUCCCCCACCUCCCCGGCCACGGGGACGCGGAGGAGGCGGCGGGGAGACUAGGGGCGACCUUUUAUUGUUGUUCUUGAUGUUGUUGUUGAUGGCAAAAAAAGCUACUUGGAGUUUCCUCCCCUCUGCCCGAAGAGACCCCCCCCCAUUCCAACGAGCUUCCGGACUUGUCUGCUGCACCCCCAGCAAGAAGCCGACUUGGUAGUUUUUCUAGAGACUGAAGGAAUCUCGUCCCUUUUUUCAUCGCCCCCCCCCCCUUGCUGUUCUUGUUUUAUUUUAUCUCAUUUCUUGGUCAAGAGAGGAGGGGGGGAGAAAAGAAAGAAACCCAACGCGCCCCUGGGGAUUGAGUUCUCAGCACCCCCCGCCAUCCCCUCCCCCCCCAAGAAGACAGAAGGCUCCGGGCGUGGAAUUGGAAUUGGACCGACCGCAGAUUUUGCGGGGGGAGGCAGGCUCGAGCGCCGGGACAGAGAGACUCCACGCUGGCGGAUUCCCGUUUUGUUGGGUUUUUCUUCCUUUUUCCCUUCCUUUCCUCUUCCUUCCUUCUUUCCUCUUUUUUUUUUUUUUUUUCUAUUUUUUUUUUUUUUUCACUUGCACCCCACCGCCCCCCACCCCCGGAGCCGGAGGAGGAGAUGCCGAGUGCCCGGAGAGCCCCCGUGGGGAGCCCGGCGAGGGGCGCGGGGCGGGGCGCAGGGGGGGGGGCCGCGGAGGAACUGGGACGGAUUUGCACGUUCGGGGGCAGGUGGCGCGUCCAGGCGGCCCCCGCCCCCCGCACCCCCGAAAUCAGUGAGGUGAGACUCCGCGGCCCGCGGGCGUGCAGGAGAGCGGACUGUUUGAUGUGGUGCCGGGGGCCGUGCAGGGGCGAGUGGUUUCGGGCGGGGGGGGAGAAAAGAGGUUUUUUUCUUCUCUUAAAAUCGGAAUCGUGAUGGUGUUGGAUUAUUUCACUGGUGGGGUUAAUAUAGCAUGUUAUCCUGUCUAUCUUUUAAAGAUUUCUGUAUAAGACUGUUGAGCAGUUUUUAAAAUAGUGUAGGAUAAUAUAAAAAGCAGAUAGAUGGCGCUAUGUUUGAUUCCUACAACAAAAUUAUCACCAGCUUUUUUUCAUUCUUAACUCUUUAAAGGAUUCAAACGCAACUCAAAUCUGUGCUGGACUUUAAGAAAAAAAAAAAAGAACACAAUUCAGGACCAAAUUUUUUCUCAGUGUGUAUGUGUUUAUUCCUUAUAGGUGUAAAUGAGAAGACGUGUUUUUUUCCCUCACCGAUGCUUCAUCCUCGUAUUUUUUUUUCCUUGUAAAUGUAAUCAGAUGCCAUUUUAUAUGUGGACGUAUUUAUACUGGCCAAACAUUUUUUUUUUCUUAUUUUGUCCCUUUUUUACUUUAAUCUUUGGUUUACUUUCUUUUCUUUCUUUUUUGACUUCCUUUAUUUCUUCCUUCCUUUUUUUUUCUCUUUUGUUCUUUUUUUUUCUUUAUUUUAUUUUAUUAUUAUUAUUUUUUUUUUUGGUAGUUUGUUGUUACCCACGCCAUUUUACGUCUCCUUCACUGAAGGGCUAGAGUUUUAACUUUUAAUUUUUUAUAUUUAAAUGUAGACUUUUGACACUUUUAAAAAACAAAAAAAGACAAGAGAGAUGAAAACGUUUGAUUAUUUUCUCAGUGUAUUUUUGUAAAAAAUAUAUAAAGGGGGUGUUAAUCGGUGUAAAUCGCUGUUUGGAUUUCCUGAUUUUAUAAUAGGGCGGCUGGUUAAUAUCUCACACAGUUUAAAGAAUCAGCCCCUAAUUUCUCCAUGUUUACACUUCAAUCUGCAGGCUUCUUAAAGUGACAGUAUCCCUUAACCUGCCACCAGUGUCCACCCUUCGACCCCAGUCUUACAAAAAGGGGAGGAGAGUUAGCCAAACACUGUUAGACUUUUAAGAAAAGACAAAUUUUUUAAGUAAAAUACCAUUCUGUCCAGAGGCUUUAAAACUGGUGCAUUUACAGCAAAAAGGGAUCCUGUAGCUUUAACUUGUAAACCACAUCUUUUUUGCACUUUUUUUAUAAGCAAAAACGUGCCGUUUAAACCACUGGAUCUAUCUAAAUGCCGAUUUGAGUUCGCGACACUAUGUACUGCGUUUUUCAUUCUUGUAUUUGACUAUUUAAUCCUUUCUACUUGUCGCUAAAUAUAAUUGUUUUAGUCUUAUGGCAUGAUGAUAGGAUAUGUGUUCAGGUUUAUAGCUGUUGUGUUUAAAGAUUGAAAAAAGUGGAAAACAUCUUUGUACAUUUAAGUCUGUAUUAUAAUAAGCAAAAAGAUUGUGUGUAUGUAUGUUUAAUAUAACAUGACAGGCACUAGGACGUCUGCCUUUCUAAGGCAGUUCCGUUAAGGGUUUUUGUUUUUAAACUUUUUUUUGCCAUCCAUCCUGUGCAAUAUGCCGUGUAGAAUAUUUGUCUUAAAAUUCAAGGCCACAAAAAAAAAAAA